GUUGGGGAAUUAUCACAGAUGUUGGGGCUUUGGUGGAGUGCUGGUUUCAGAAUCCCUGUGGCUGCUGUGCAGAUUUGCAUUUCAAACAAUUCAGAACGGAGCUUUGAGGCAAGACUGGCUGGUUUCUGCUUUUCAGCAUUUCCACUUCCUAGAUACUUCAAAUACCUUUCAGGGUGAGGUCACUGUAGUUAUUUUUGUUCCUGGUGUCUCAUUCUGUACUUCUUUGAAGUCAUUCUAAUGGCUGUUUAGGUCAGAAGUGGGAGUUGAAGGUGAAGAAAAGUACAAGGACUUCUACUCAGGGACACGUUUGAAGACUUCGGUGCCUGGCAGGCCUUGAGAGGCUGUGCUUCAGCUGCCGUUUGGUCUUUCUGUUGCUGCUUCAGCUGUUGACACAGGACCUCACCAGAGUGCUCAGUGCUGUCCACGGUAGAAGAGAAAGGUCAGAUACGGAUCCCAAAAGGUUUCAACAAAGGGCAGAUGACCAGGGAGAAUACAGAUUGUGCAGUAAAUGUUCACAAAAACUGCAAGAAUCUUCUGCCUGAAUGCAGCAGCAGCAGAUCCAAGCAAAGGGAUUUGCAACUCCGCCCCCCAGGCUCCCCCCCUAGUUUACUCCAGAGUGCCUGCCGAGCUACCUCGCUCAAAGAGCACUCCUGCAGGGCCCUCUUGGGCCCGGAUGGCAGAACCCCUGGCUUGCCCCAGAACCUCGGCAUGACAAUUGUGCAGAGGGGAAGUUUGCCAUCUCAGCUAAGCACCACCUCUGCUGGGGCUGUUGGUAAGCUCGGACUUACUGGGGGAGAGAUGGAUGAAGGGGAUUCUGGCUUCAUGAAACUUAAACCAGCCUCUGAAGAUGUUGUCUCACUGGCAUCAUCAACUGCAGAAUCAGUUUUUGUGGAAGAUGUUCAGUUUGCCUCCUUGAGGAAUGAAUUGGAGACAGAUGCUCGGGAGUUUGCUGCUCAGUCUUGGAGUCUGGCAGUAGAGCAGUCAUUCGUGAAGCAGCAGGAGCGGGAUGUUAUUAAAAGGCAGGAUGUCAUAUAUGAGUUGAUGAGGACAGAGAUGCACCAUGUCCGGACUCUGAAGAUUAUGUUGAAGGUCUACUCCCAAGCCAUGCGAGAGGAGCUGCAGUUCAGCAAUUCUGAUAUCCAUCGCCUUUUCCCAUGUGUGGAUGAAUUACUGGAGCUCCACAGAGCCUUCCUCUUCCAGCUAAAGGAACGUCGGAAGAAUUCUUUGGAAGAAGGUAGCGAAUGCAACUAUAUCAUCCAGAACAUUGGGGAUCUCCUGGUGGAGCAGUUUUCAGGAAAAACGGGAGAUAAGUUGAAGAAGAAAUAUGGCAUUUACUGUAGCAGCCACAGUGAUGCUGUGAGCUACUAUAAAGAGCUGAUGCAGCAAAGCAAGAAGUUCCAAAACUUGAUUAAGAAAAUCAGCAAUUCUUCCAUUGUGAGACGGCUUGGUGUCCAAGAGUGCAAUCUUUUAGUUACCCAGCGCAUCAUGAAGUAUCCUGUCUUGGUGGAGCGCAUCAUUCAGAACACAGAAGUCUCCACAAAAGAGUAUGAAGACCUGACCAAGGCAUUGUCGCUUAUCAAGGAGGCCAUCACAACUGUUGACACCAAGGUGAAUGAGUCUGAGAAACAUCAGCGCCUCCGGGAAAUUGUAACCAGGAUGGAACUCAAGUCUUCUGGGAAGUUUAAGAAUGGCCUUAUCUUUCGGAAGGAAGAUAUGCUUCAGCGGCGCCUCCUACUGGAUGGGAUGCUGUACUGGAAAGCUGCUUCUGGGCGCCUAAAAGAUAUUUUGGCUGUUCUGCUGACAGAUGUGCUUUUGCUACUGCAAGAAAAAGACCAGAAAUACAUGUUUGCAUCUUUGGACUCAAAACCGCCAGUGAUUUCCUUGCAAAAACUGAUAGUCCGAGAAGUAGCCAAUGAGGAACGAGCCAUGUUUUUAAUCAUUGCUUCCAAGAAAGGACCAGAGAUGUAUGAAAUUCAUACCAAUUCCAAGGAGGAAAGGAAUAUCUGGAUGACGCAAAUUCGCAGGGCAGUGGAAAAUUGUCCUGAUGAAGAGAAUAGUGUCCUUGCCGAUCCAGAAGAGGAAAAAAAGCAGGCUGAAGUGAGAACUGCAAAAUUGAAAGAAUUCCAAGAGCGUUUGAGCAUGAAAGAUGAUCAGAUCGUGCAAAGCCUACAGGAGAAGCAGCAGAUCUACCAGGAGAUGGCAAAUGUGAAUGGUUUUGAGGACAUGGCUGUUGGCUCCCGCUUCCGCAACAGAGUGGAUUCCCCAGAGAACCUGCAGGGAGAGUCCAUCCUCAAGCAGGCAGUGACAGAAGUGGAGAGCCUUCAGAACCUGAUCUUCACCCAGCUGGCCAGUGCAAGCUCUCGUCCUGAAGAUCCUAGUGGGCCUGGGUCGCUGAGGCGAGCUGAGACUUUUGGAGGAUACGACAGUGCCAUGACAGCUGGUAGCUUCAAGAAGAAAGUCUGUGGUGGAGAGCCCAGGGUGCCAGAUCAGCGAGGCAACCCAGCCAAUUCAGAGCAAGUGCAACAAGAACUCCCAUCUGCUGGAGAGGAAGGGCUGUGUUUGGUCAGUAACACAAGAAUGGAGCAUCACAGCAGCUUGCACCCACUGCUGGGGACUGAAUCAGAGCUUGUUCAGAGAAUACAGACACUCUUGCAAUUGCUGCUUAGUCUCCAGGCAGUGACGGCCCAGCAAGACAGCUACAUUGAGUUGCAGAAGCAGUUCCGGCUGCAAUCCACGCGAGGGAAUUUGCUGCUGGAACAGGAGAGGCAGCGCAAUUUUGAGAAGCAGCGGGAGGAACUGGCCAAUGUGCAGAAAUUGCAGAGCCAGUUGAAGACUGAGCAGCAGCGCUGGGAACGAGACUGUGACCGCCAGCGGCGGCAGAUGGAGGUGGAGAAGAACCAGUUACAGGAGCGAGAGGAGGCGGCACGGCAGCUGACGGAGCGUCUGAACCAAGAACGUGAGGAGCUGGAACGGCAGCGAGAGGCCUACCAGCAUGACUUGGAGAGGCUGCGGGAAUCCCAGCGAGCCGUUGAGAAGGAGCGGGAACGUCUGGAACAGCUGCGCAAGCUGAAGAAGCCGCAUCUAAUCUCGGGUGCCUUCUCGCCUGAGGCAGGCCAAGCGCAUGCCCUGAGCCACUCUGUCAGCUUCAAUGGAGACGGUAUGGAAGGAACCUCGCUGCCUACAAAGCCAGGUGGACGAGCCAGCGUCACUGGGAUGGAAUACCCGGAGCGAGGAGAAUUGGUGCGAAAGGACAGUGCUGCAUUGGAUGGAGGCCGCCCCAUUCUGGUCCUCAAGAAUGAGGUGCCCAUCCACUUGUUGAGUACCACCAACCAGAGCCAAAAACAGGCAGCUGUGCAGCAGCAGAUCCCCACCAAGCUGGCCAUUCUGACCAAGGGCAGCAAGGAAAAAGGUGGAAAGGCUGUCAAGGUGACCUCCCACAGGACUGAAAGUUCAAGUGAUGUGAGGCCGUUCCCAGUUUCCAAGAUGGUUACCAAGGAAGAAUCUCAGUCUCGAAACAGAUGUUCUGCUAGUCCCGUCUUUCUGCAUAGCCAGAAUGUUGCCUUCCUUCCAGAACUGGCUGGUGCUGCUGAGAGCAGCCAUCUGGAAGCACCACCUACCUCUGUUGGUCCCAUAAAGCCCAACAGCAUUCAUGUCCUUCCAUCUGCCCUGGAUGACGCUAGCAAAGAUGAUGUUAUUUUUUUCUGAUCCACACCAAGAAAGUCUGCUUCUUUGCCCACAUGGAUGUCAGAAUGCUCUGCCUUGCCUCAGCUGCAUAUUCUGAAGGCAGAGCUGCAAGAAUUUUCCCCGGAAAUGAUUCAAAAUGAGGAUAUUGUUACGGGGCUUCACAUCACAAUCUUGGCUUUGCUUACAUUGUUCCUUGGACUAGAACAUUGUUCUAGUUUUCUUUUGAGUUCCAAGGGAAGCUUUUAAAAUAACCUUGAGGGGUAGGGUACGAGAAGGCCCUUAACUUAUUCUUCACAUUCAACCAUAAGGUGGCCCUGGGCCUCUCUGUCUAGGACCAAACAAAGAUGUUGAUGGUAUUAGGGACUUUAUGGAGGGAAUCUGAGGGAAUUAGAUAAGCCUUGGCUGGUUGCACGAAGCACCUCAUCUCCCCCGAGGACUCAUUUUUCUUCCUUCAGUUGAAGGGAAAUCCUCCAGUGCAAACUGGGUCCUGGAUUUUUGUUCCUGCUGAAGACCCUCGCUGCACUAACUAGCUCACACAGCAGUAGGCUCAAUUUUCCAGACCGUUUCUGGAUAUUUUGGAUG